GCGCCUACUCAAGCAGCUAAAGGGACCCGAUGGCUUCCUCUUCUUCCUCCGCCCCCGCCGUAUGGGACUCGGCUACGCAGACGUUCCAUGGCGGUCAGGACUGGAAGUUCCUGUCCAACUUCGCCGUGGACUUUAGCGUGACCACGAAUGCGCUAGGCACGCCCAAGAAGGCGCUGGAGGCCGCUACCCAGGCCAUGAGCACCGUGCACCACUACCCACCUGCUGACUUCCAGCCUGCCAUCAGCCACUUGGCCGAGUUCCUGUGGCCCGAGAGCUGGCAGCAGAAUCUGCCGCUGCUGCUUAUGGGCAACGGCGCCAGCGAACUCAUCGAUCUGGUGAUCCGCAGCGUGCAACCUGGGGGCUGGCGUCCCGGCGGCACGCUAACGCAGUACAAGGAGUAUGAGCGCUCCAGCAAAGCCGACGGUCGCGAGACUCUUGCUUGGAAUGACCCUAAGGCUGCAUUGACGUGCCUCGUGAACCCAACGAACCCCACGGGCGACUACAUGAACGUGGACGAGAUGAAGAGCUACAUCGAGACCAACUGUCCCGACAACCACACUAUCAUCAUCGACGAGAGUAUGCAGCCGUGGGUGGGUCCUAACUGGCGUGAAGAUUCGCUGAUCCACCAGCGCGAGUGGGUCAAGCAGCUCAGCGAGACCCGCCGCAUCAAUGUGUGGGUCAUGACGAGCUGGACUAAGAUCUGGUCUUGCACGGGUCUGCGUAUCGGCAGCGUGGUCGCCCCCACGCCCCAGCACGCCGCUGAGAUCAAGCGUAAGCAGGUGCCGUGGUCAGUUAACUCCAUGGCGCUUGCCUUCGUGUCCGCUGUGGUCAAGGACGACGCGUACCUGCAGGAGACGUGGGACGUCACGCCCAAGUGGCGGGCUCACGCUGUGGAGCAGCUGUCCAAGCGCUUCCCCACUUGGGAGUUCUUCGGUAAACCUUUCCUGUCAUGGAUCUGGCUGGACACCAAGUCGGUCGCCACGAGCGAAGAGGCCUGCAAGCUGGCCAAGGAGCACGGCGUCCCUGUGCGUAGCGGCAAGCCCGGCUACAACCUCCCAACGUUCGUGCGCAUCGCCGUCCGCAGUCCAGAGCAGACCGCUGUACUGCUCAAGGCCUGGGAGCCGCUUCAGUAAGCUCUCUAUUGCCUGCUUCUCUAUGCAUGUUUGGGUUAGAUACGACAUGAACAUGCAGCUAGCUUUCCAAUUGGAUUCGUCUGUUAAAAUUUCCGCUCUUUACUCCCUGUCCGGCGACAUUCGAUGGUCCAAUCUCUUGAAUUUGCCCUCCCAACCGCGCAGCACGUCCGUGUAUUUCUCGAUCAGGUCGUUCUUCUCCGCC